UUUAUAUUCCAUACAAACGCGCUCUAUCUCUCUUUCUUUUCCCUUCUGUUCUCACUCACUCUCAAAAUCUUUCCCACUUUUUCAAAUUAUUUCCCGACACAAAAACUAGAUUAUAAUCAACAACCCACAAUUAUAUACUACUGAUAAUAGGAUAUUUAACUAGAUCUGGAUCCUAUUGCAGGAAAAAUUUCCAUUUUUGGUUUAAUUUGUGUUGUAUCACAUUCUUUGAUCUUAUAAUAUAGUGGCAGGUAGAUUGGUAUCAAUAAAUACACUUGAUUUCAUAGUAAAGACCAAGAAGCUAUGUCGAGGAGACCUGUAAAUCCCGCACGCCGUUUGGUGGGCAAUGGAGGGUUUCCUCUUGUAGGAGCGUUCCCAUCGAAGACACGUUCGUCUCCAUUGGUGUCUGUUACCCUUGUGGCACUGGGUAUAUUUCUUAUUCUUGGAUACAUAUACAGUGGCUCAGGUAAAAAAGAGAUUGUUAACGGGAUUGAAGGUGAGUUUUCCGGAACCCUAGAGCUUCAGAAGGCGAUACCUCUUCUGAAUAAAGCUUAUGGUAAUGCCAUGCACAAGGUCUUGCAUAUUGGACCAGAGACCUGUUCAGUGGUCUCAAAGUUGUUAAAAGAAGAUGAUACAGAGGCUUGGGGCGUGGAACCAUAUGACCUUGAGGACGCAGAUCCAAGCUGCAAAAAUCUUGUUCGGAAAGGCAUUGUGCGUGUUGCUGAUAUCAAAUUCCCAUUGCCGUAUAGAUCAGAUUCAUUUUCUUUGGUUAUUGUAUCGGAUGCAUUAGAUUACCUCUCACCAAAAUAUCUCAAUAAAACUCUUCCAGAGCUGGCUAGAGUGGCUGCUGAUGGCCUUGUCAUAUUUACUGGUUACCCCGGGCAGCAGAGAGCUAGAGUUACGGAGUUAUCCAAAUUUGGACGUCCGGCUAAAAUGCGCAGUCAGUCCUGGUGGGUGCGAUUCUUCGUUCAGAUUGGCUUAGAGGUGAAUGAAGCUGCUGCCAAGAAGUUUGAGCAGGCUAGCACCAAAUUGUCGUCCAAGCCAAGCUGCCAAGUUUUCCACCUCAAAUCGUUUCAUUGACGGAAGAUCUUCAGCUUUCUUUAGGUGUUGGGUGCAUCUAAGAAAAGAGUGCUUCAACACUAGCAGUAAAGAGGGAAAGUAUACACAAUGUGUAGUAUUAGUUGGUGAUGUAGGUUAUUGUUGAUACAAAUCACCUUUUGUUGUUUUAUCCACGAUUUUACAAAUUCAUACAUUCAAUAUUUAUCAAUCAAGGUGCAAUAUUUAUUAAUUCCAUAGUUGAAAUGGCUGAUUUACAAUGUUCUUUC